AUGAAACAAAUCAUUGAUCUUGAAGUGGAAGCAUAUGCAGAAUAUGAAUCUGAAGUAACAAGCCAAGUUGCUUCCAAUCUAUCGACUCAAGAAGCCUCUUCCAACAUCACAAACCCUAACUAUGACGAUAUAUCUCUCGACUUAUCUCUCAAUUUCAAGAACAACGAGACACCAACAGCAAGAGAUUCAAAUUUAAUAGGAUUCUCACUCUCAAGCACUUCUGAGAGCAGCAACGAACCUGCAUCAUCAACAGUUCCAAGAGUUUUCUCUUGCAAUUACUGUCAGAGAAAGUUUUUCAGCUCGCAAGCUCUUGGUGGACACCAAAAUGCUCACAAAAGAGAAAGAACAUUGGCGAAAAGAGCUAUGAGAAUGGGAAUUUUUUCUGAUAGGUAUACUGCUAGUUUAGCAUCUCUACCUUUGCAUGGUUCUUUUAGAUCAUUAGGGAUAAAAACACACUCUUCAAUGCAUUAUGGUUUCUCAGUUCCAGCAGCAACUAGGCCUCAUCAUCGUCACGAGACGAAGAUCAAUACGAUAUUCUUGGAAGAUGAGGAGUCGGAGUUGUUGUGGCCGGGUAGUUUUCGAAAGGCCUCGGACUCGGAGGAGGGUGAUGGACAAGAGAAUUUCAUACUCACUGAGGUGAAUCCAUGUGUGGACAGAGAAAAAUCUACACCAGAUUUGACAUUGAAACUUUGA